CUUUGGUGGGUGGCAUGAUUGUCAUCCAGUACAGUGACAAAUUGAAAGUUUUAAUUGAAAGAGAUAAAGGAGAGAGAGAGGCCAAUAAUUGAAAGCACUUUAGAAAAAGUUAAAAAGAGAGAGAGAAAGGAGAGGGGCAAUUAAUGAUAGAAAGCACUUUAAAAAAAGUAGUCCCUAGAUGCAAUCUUCCUUCACAGCAUAUUCGAUAUUCAUCUGCUGCGUUGAGUUUUCUGUGUGUUUGUGAUUCAUCUCCGGUUUAAAACCAGACUUGGUUGCAUCUCUGUUUCUACAAAUUUAUAAGCUUCGCUUCUUAGAGACAAGCACAGCCUGAUUUCAUCUUCAUUUUCCAUAGCAUAUUCGAUCUUCAUCUGCUGCGUUGAGUUUUGUGGUGUAAUUGGGACACAGUAGUAGCUAGAUUUCAUAUUCGAUCUGCUGCGUUGAGUUUUGUGUGUGUUUGUGAUCCAUCUCCGGUUGCAUGCAUCUCUGUUUCUACAAAUUUAUAAGCUUCUCUUCUUAGAGACAAGCACAGCCUGAUUUCAUAAUCAUUUUCCAUACCAUAUUCCAUCUUCAUCUGCUACGUUGUGUGUUUAAAACCAGACUUGGUUGUAUCUCUGUUUCUACAAAUUUAUAAGCUUCGCUUCUUAGAGGGAAAAAAGAGUUGAAAAUGGAAGUCAUUGCUGCUGCGGUGGGAAAGGUGGUAGAGGUACUUACAGGCCGCUUUUUGGCAUUCAUGGGCCGCCAAAUUGGUUAUGUGGUUCACUACAAGAAAAAUAUCGAGGAUCUCGAUGCUCAAGUCAAGAAUCUUGGAGGCGUGAAGGAGAGGAUCCAAGGAAAAGUUGAAACAGCCGAAAACAAUGGAGAAGUCAUUGAGAAAGACGUUUUGAAUUGGCUAACGGAUGUGAAUAAAAAGGAGGAAGACCUGAACAGAUUAUUGGCAAACAAUGGAAACAUCAAGUCAUGUUUUGAUGUUGGUUCAAGGUAUCGGCUUGGUAAGGAAGGUAAAAAGAAGUUGUCUGAUGUUUUGGGGCUUAUAGAGCAAGCCAACAAGUUUGAUACUGUUGGACGCCAUGCUCCUUCGGGUGAUAUUUGGUACACAGCUACCACGAAAUUUGAGCAGUUUGAAUCCAGAGAAUGUGUUCGUAAACAGAUCAUACAUGCGUUGAAAAAUGAUAAGAUUUACAAAAUCGGAAUACAUGGCAUGGGAGGUAGUGGCAAGACGAGAAUGGCAGAAGAAAUUGCCAAACAUGCUAAAACAGAGAAGCUUUUUGAUGAGGUCGCCAAGGCAGUCUUCUCCCAAAAUCCAGAUUUGAAAAGAAUUCAAGAAGAGCUUGCAGACUGUUUAGAACUUUCAUUCAAAAAAAAUACUGAAGUUGGGAGAAAGGGGGAGCUGUGCAACAGACUGAAAAAUGGGAAAAAAAUUCUUGUAAUAAUUGAUGACAUUUGGAAUGACAAAAUUAACCUGGAGGAAAUAGGAAUCCCAUCUAGCGAUAAUCAUAUCAAAGUUUUGCUAACCUCUAGGGAAGAAGAUGUGUUCAGUCGGAUGGGGGUUCAAGAAAACAUCCCAAUUGGGCUUCUACAGGAACGUGAAGCAUGGUACCUGUUUAGGAAAACAGUUGGAGAUUUUAUUGAAACUUCUCCUGAAGUUUAUUCUGUUGCGGAAGAAGUGUGUAGAGAAUGUGGUUGUUUACCAUUGGCAAUACUUGUAGUUGGAGCAGCACUAAGGGAACAGAAACAAAAGCAUACAUGGGAUGAUGCACGUGUACAAUUGAGAAAUUGCAGGGGAGAAAACAUCAAGGGAGUGACCAAGGAGUUGUAUUCACGCAUAAAGUGGAGCUACGAGUUUCUAGAGCACACAGAUGCUAGGUCAUGCUUUCUGCACUGUUCUUUGUUUCCAGAGGAUGCUGAGAUUCCAAUUGAUGACUUGGUGAUAUAUGGAGUGGGAACGAGGUUUCUUUUAGACAGCUCACAUCCAAUGAAAACAGCAAGAGAUAGAACAAGUGUGUUGGUUGAUAACCUGAAGAAAUCUCAUUUGCUAUUAGAAGGUAAAAGCAACGACUUUGUUAAAAUGCACGACAUCAUUCGAGAUGUUGCCAUCUCAAUUGCAUCAAAAGAAAAAGGAUUUCUGGCAAAAACAGAUGUCCGAGAGUGGCCAGAGAAAAAUGAAUAUGAAUCCUGCAGGGUAAUUUCAUUGAGGUCCAAACAAAUUUGUAAGCUUCACUGUGAAUUACAAUGUGCAGAAUUACGCACCUUGGUAUUGGAAUGCAACACCUAUCGUAAACCUCAAGUUCCAGAUAAUUUUUUUAAAGGGAUGAAAAAGCUAGAAGUUUUAGAUUUGUGUUCCGUGCGGCUGUCAUCAUCACCUUUAAAUCUGAUCAACCUUCGGAUGUUGCGACUCUAUAACUGUGAACUGCAGAACCUAGAUUUUCUCAAGGAACUAAGAAAUCUUUUGAUACUAAGCAUUGUUGAUUCUGAUCUGAAAGAGGUGGCUGUGGAAGUAGGGCAGUUGACUAACUUGCGGUGGUUGGAUUUGAGCCGUUGUGAAAACAUCAAGAUCAUUCCAUCAGGUGUCAUAGAAAGUCUAUCCAAAAUUGAGGAACUGUACAUUCCAUAUGAUUUUGGGGAAUGGAAGGGUGAAGGGUAUGCAAGUCUUGAUGAGCUUAAUUCAUUGACAUGCUUAACCACUUUACAAAUUCACAUAGGAGAUGGCAUGCUACUGCCCAAUGAGCACUGCUUUAAUUCCUUAAACAGAUUCAAAAUAUCAGUUGGGAGGACUCAGGGUUUUCGGUUUUAUGAAGAAGAAUUAGGAGCACGAGUGUUGAAACUUGAUGAUAUUAGUAUGAGGAAGGAGUUCAAUAUUUUGAUUGAGAAUGCGGAAGCACUUUUUUUACAGAAUGUGGAAGGUUUAAAGAAUGUGCUUCAAUGUGGAGAUGGAAAAGGGUUUCUGGAUUUGAAAUAUCUUAGAAUCGAGGACUCUAGUGACAUGGAACAUCUACUUGGCAGUCCAAAAUGGAAUUUUCAAAGUCACGGUGCUUUCAACAAAUUAAGUGUGUUAGAUAUUAGACGUUGUAGAAUGAAAUUUCUCUUCCACGUAUCCACGGCAAGAGCUCUUCUACAACUCCAAGAAUUACAAAUACAGGAAUGCGAAAUCAUGGAAGAAAUAAUUCUAGAUGAUGAUGAGGAAGUAAUGAAUAAUGUUACUUUUCAUCAAUUAAAGAAAAUGGAGUUGUACGGACUACCAAACCUCGUAAGCAUAUGCUGCACCAAUAGGAAGAAAACGUCAAGCACGGAUUGCAAUACUUCCGACCUUGCACAAGCUUUCUUUAAUGAAAAGGUUUCAUUCCCUGCAUUGGAGGAACUAAAGAUAAGCGAAUUGGAAAGCAUUACAUGGAUAUGGGAUAACCAAUUAUUCCUAGCUUCGGAAGUAAAAGAAGAAUCAUCCUUCCAGCAGCUGAGGGAGAUAGAGAUAGAAAGAUGUCAGAAACUGGUGAAUGUGAUACCCUCCAAUUUGAUUCCAAGGUUACAGAAUUUGGAAACGGUCGAAAUUAAAGGGUGUGAGUCGGUGGUGUCAGCAGUCGAAGUGCUUACUAUUGAAAAUGGGUCUGCAACAUCAAUGGAACUACCUCAGUUAAAAUCAAUGAUUCUUAGGUCACUACCUAAGCUGAUGCCCCUGGGUUUGAACAGAAAGGAGCAUUCUGAUCACACACCUAACAUUGGUGCCUAUUCAAACCUAACAUCUCUUAACAUUAUAGACUGUCAUAGUUUGAGAAAUGUAUUCUCAUCAUCUAUGGCAAGAGAUCUUGGGCAGCUACAAGAUUUGAUAGUAAUGGACUGUGAGGAUAUAGAAGAGAUAAUUGCAAUUGAAACAGGAGAAGGGAAAGAUGAGGUAGUGGAUGAGGAGAUCAUUGUUUUCCCUCAAUUAAAGAAAAUGGAUCUUAUAAAGUUACCAAAUCUCAAAAGUUUCUGUGGACCCAAGAAAGAAGCAGUGGAGGAUGACAAAAUUUCCCAACUACAAUCCCUCUUCAAUUACAAGGUCAAGUUCCCUUGUUUGGAGAGCUUCGAGUAUAAAGGAUGUAAAAACAAUGUGAAGGAGAUAUGGGACGGCACGGUUCCAACAGAUGCUGUUUGUAAACUAAGAGUGUUGGAAGUGCGUGAUUGUAAUGAACUGUUAAGUGUUGCUCCAUCAAAAUUGCUUGGAAGUUUCCACAACCUAGAAGAACUUAGCAUAUUAUGGUGUUACUCCUUGGAAGAGGUAUUUAAGGUUGAAGGAGGGUCAAAUGCCAAGGAAGGAAUGGUUGCAAGAGAUACAGAUAUAGAAAAAGACUCGGAGGACAAUCUUGUGUUCCCUCAAUUGAAAUCUAUAAGGUUCAUGUUUUUGCCACAGCUGAGGAUUUUUUACCGGAGGAGUCGCAUUUAUGAAUUGCCAUCCUUAAAACAUAUGGGAAUAUUUAAGUGUCUCAAAUUGGAAAUGUUUCCUUGCCGAGUCACUGCCCCCUUACAAUCAUUCUCUAAGGAAAAGGUUGCUUUUCCUGUCUUGGAGGAUUUGCAGCUCUCGGAUGGGAGCAUCUUUGAAGAUAUUAGGUAUGGCCGUGUCCCAGCAGCCUCAUUUAGCAAAGUAAGAGAGCUGGAGCUGAAUAACUGCAGCGUGCUUAAAGACAUUCCUACCCUGCUGCUACAGAGGUUUGAAGCUGUUGAAAAACUCAGUGUGUGGGGUUGUGAUUCAUUACAAGUUCUCUUCAGCCUUGAAGGACUUGAAGACAUCAAAAGAGAAGCCCCUCAAAUAACAAAGUUGGACCCCUACCACAACCUAACAUCUUUAACAGUUGGAUGUUGCAACAGCCUGAAAUGUUUAUUCUCACUCUCAAUCGCAAGAAAUCUCACAAAUAUUGAACAACUGAGUGUUCGUAGCUGUGAUGCGAUUGAAGAAAUAAUUAAAAAUGAAGAUCAAGGUGAAGAGGAUGGUGCCAUGUAUGAAAUUGUGUUUCCCAAGUUACAGUCUAUGUGCAGCAGCGUGCUCAAGAAAGGAAGGGGAUUGCGAUGUAUAAGGAUGAUGAAGAAACAAGUAUUGGCAAAGAAAAAGAGUCUGGAAACCAUGAUGAAGAAGAUAUUUUGGCAAAUGAGUAAAAUUAAGUGAUCAUUUUUGGACAGGCUAGUAUUUGGAAGUGGAAGUAAUUUUACUACAGUCACCAUCCAAGUGACUGAAGUAAAAAGGUGGCGGAUCCAAUCCUUUGGGUUCUCUCUUGCUACUGCCAAGAAAACAUAAUGGCCUUCAAUUCGAGGGCACCAAAUGCUGAUAUGCAAUUUAUUUGGGGACACCAAAAUUGGAAGUUUCAUAUAUGAUUUAUUGUUUGUUUUCUCCCAUAUUCUUUUUCUGCUCGAGUGUGAAUACCGUUGGUGUGUUUUGCUGAAGAUUGUUUAGCUAUGGUUGAAGUGUAUUUUAUUUAUUUAUUUUGGUAUGGAGUUAUGGUUGAAAUAUGUUUGUGUUA